AUGCCAGAACGGGAGUCUUUUGUCCGCCGAUCCCGCCGUCAGCCUUCCCCCGACUCCCCAGAGAGUAUGGAUUCCGCUGAGGAAUAUGCGACUCCGUAUGGACGGACAUCCCACGAGAGAAGGCUCUGGCCGCCCAUGGCUCAAGGCUCAAACUACGCACAUAGCACAUCACCGGGGCCAUCCUAUGUGUAUCCGAACAGCGGCAUAUCACCCGGCGCUUUUGCGCAUUCUGGUCUUCAUCCGCCAUCGGAUCAACUUGUUAGAUUGAGUCACCAUCAGACGGGUCAUUCGGCAGCUUACAGCCAUCCUAUCUAUGGGUACGGCCCUCAAUAUCAACAUCCUCAUGGGCCCCCAAUGCCGGCAUUCUUCAUGCACGAGCAUCAUCCUGGCCACCAUGUGCCGCAAGUACACCCUUCUAGCCAAGGGAGAAGUGAUGGGCAUAGCCCACCACAGCAAUCAACACCACAUGCAGUUCCACCACAUGGCCCAUCACACUAUGGUGGAAACCCAUUAGGCCCUCACGAACUUAUUCCAUACGGCCCGGGAGGUUAUUUCCCAUUCAGAGAACCCUACCCCAUGGUGCCCGGAAUGGUCCCCCCGCCCUUCCUCAACACCUACCCCCGCGUACCAUCUCCCAGUCAGGGGGAAUCAAGUCCAUCUCCUGUUCCUGCCGCUGCAGAAGUUGCUAAGGAUGAAGCAAUUGCAAGACUAGAGAAGCUGAUCCUAGAAGAAAGGACGGAACGCGAAGCGAAAGAGGCGCGAGAGGCUGCGCUUCGAGCUGCAAUUGAAAAGGAAGCCGCUGAGCAAGCUGCCCGAGAAGAGCGUGCUGCGCAUGAAAAGAAACUCGUCGAGGAAGCCGCCGCUGCCGCUAGAGCGGAGGCGGAACAGAAGGCUGCUGAAGAGGCUGCAAAAGCGAAGAAGGAGGCCGAAGAGGCCGCUGCGGCCGCUAGAGCGGAGGCGGAACAGAAGGCUGCUGAAGAGGCCGCAAAAUUGAAGAAGGAGGCCGAAGAAGCUGUUGCCGCCGCUACAGCCGCAGCAAACAAGGGCCCAGAAAAAAAGAAACCUAUCAAAUUCAAAGAUGCUGUCGGGAGGAAGUUCAGCUUUCCUUUUGAUUUGUGCUGCACAUGGCAGGGAAUGGAAGAACUUAUACGACAGGCUUUCCUCCACAUUGAAGUAAUAGGGCCUCAUGUUGCAGAAGGUCAUUAUGAUCUAGUAGGGCCAAAUGGUGACAUCAUUCUCCCACAAGUCUGGGAAACCGUCAUUGAACCGGACUGGACCAUUACCAUGCACAUGUGGCCCAUACCAGAGAAGCCGAAGAGUCCUGAUCCUGCAGAAGGGGGUACUGCACCGGAAGGACAAGCAACUGCGGAAACCGCUCCAGGAUCUGCUGAUAGCGCAGUCAUCGUUGCCCCCGAUGAUUCGAAGAAAAAAUCCGAGCCGGCAGCAGGUAUAAAGAAACCACGUGCGAAGGGGCCCGACCCCGGCGCUUUUGCCAUGUGGAUGGUGGGUAGCAAUCGUUUGAGAUUGAACAAGGCUUUAAAAGCGGGAAAAAAGCCUAAAGCAUUCCAACAUCACGGUAGCUCUUGCCGUGUUAUGUGA